CCAUGGGUAGUCCAUAAUUUUUGCAACCAUGCCCUAGUUCGCCCCAUCUCCACCGCACUGUGCCACCACAUCCCGCUCCGAAUCCAUGGCGCCGCCGCCACCGCCGUCCAAGGAAAUCCCUGGGGAUCCAUCACAGCCGCCACCGGCGUCCAAGGAAAUCCCUGGGGAUCCAUCACAGCCGCCACCGCCGUCCAAGGAAAUCCCUGGGGAUCCAUCACAGCCGCCACCGCCGUCCAAGGAAAUCCCUGGGGAUCGAGCAGAACCUUGCGGGAAUGCGUCCUCUGCUCUCUCACUCAUCCUGCCGAUGCCAUCUUUGGCUCCCGCUCCUCCUCCGCCGUCAAAGGGGGUCAUCGUGGAGAAAGCCGAGCCUUGUGUGGCUGCUCCUUCCCCAAUCCCGGCACCUGCUCCCCCGCCUCCUCCUCUUCUGCUCCCAGAUUUCAUUGAAGUGACCAUGGGUGACGACCAAGUGGCGUUGACAAUCGACAAGCAAACUGAAAAGUGGGAAGCCAUGGACCAGGAACAACAUGUGUGGAAUGCUAUUGAAGAGCAACAGAAAUCAGAGAGGCAGAAGAAGAAACAAAGGCAGAAGGCAAAAAGGAAAAAG